AGUGCCACUGUUGUUUAUCCGGUUUGAGACGCCUCGUCGUUGAAGCAACGAUGGCUAGCGCUGGAGCUAAACAAGCGCCUAAAAAUACCUCGAAAGCCUCCGCGGGAGGCACCGGGGCGGCGGGGGCCGCCGGUGCGCCCCCGGCAAUGCCCCUCGCUUCUCCACUCAUGGGGAAAAAGAAAAAGCCGUUCCUGGGGAUGCCCGCUCCGCUCGGUUACGUCCCCGGUCUCGGCAGAGGUGCCACUGGCUUCACGACACGAUCUGAUAUUGGUCCUGCUCGUGAUGCCAAUGAUCCAGUGGAUGAUCGCCAUGCGCCCCCAGGGAAGAGAACAGUUGGAGACCAAAUGAAAAAGAACCAAGAGGAAGACGAGGAAGAUCUGAACGACACCAACUAUGAUGAGUUCAAUGGAUAUGCAGGAAGCUUGUUUUCCAGUGGUCCCUAUGAGAAAGACGAUGAAGAAGCAGAUGCCAUAUAUGCUGCAUUAGACAAAAGGAUGGACGAAAGACGCAAAGAAAGAAGGGAGUUGAGAGAAAAGGAAGAAAUCGAGAAGUACCGUAUGGAGCGGCCAAAAAUACAGCAGCAGUUUUCAGAUCUGAAGAGGAAGUUGGCAGAGGUUUCAGAAGAAGAGUGGUUGAGCAUCCCAGAGGUGGGAGAUGCAAGAAACAAGCGGCAGAGGAAUCCCCGCUACGAAAAACUCACCCCUGUCCCAGACAGCUUCUUUUCCAAACACCUGCAGACUGGAGAGAACCACACCUCUGUUGACCCUUUGCAAGGGCUGGCGGGGCUGAACACCACUUACCCCGGAAGCAUGACCCCUGGCCUGAUGACUCCAGGCACUGGAGAACUGGACAUGAGGAAGAUCGGUCAAGCCAGGAACACGCUGAUGGAUAUGAGGCUCAGUCAGGUUUCUGACUCUGUGAGUGGACAAACAGUGGUAGAUCCUAAAGGUUACCUGACAGAUCUCAACUCCAUGAUCCCCACAUAUGGCGGGGACAUCAGUGACAUCAAGAAAGCUCGUCUGCUGUUAAAGUCAGUGAGGGAGACCAAUCCCCAUCACCCCCCUGCCUGGAUUGCAUCGGCGAGGCUGGAGGAGGUGACUGGCAAACUGCAGGUGGCAAGGAACCUCAUCAUGAAAGGCACUGAGAUGUGUCCUAAGAGUGAGGAUGUUUGGUUAGAGGCAGCUCGGCUCCAGCCUGGUGACACAGCUAAAGCCGUGGUAGCCCAGGCUGUCCGCCACUUGCCACAGUCGGUCCGCAUCUACAUCAGAGCUGCAGAGCUGGAGACAGACGUCAGGGCUAAGAAACGAGUCCUCAGGAAAGCCCUGGAGAAUGUGUCCAAGUCUGUGCGUCUGUGGAAGACAGCCGUGGAGCUCGAGGAGCCAGAGGAUGCCAGGAUCAUGCUUAGUCGAGCAGUGGAGUGUUGCCCUACGAGUGUGGAGCUGUGGCUGGCUCUUGCCCGGUUAGAGACAUACGAGAAUGCCCGUCGUGUCCUGAACAAAGCUCGAGAGAACAUUCCCACUGACCGACACAUCUGGAUCACUGCCGCCAAGUUGGAGGAGGCCAACAGCAAUACUCAGAUGGUGGACAAGAUCAUUGACAGAGCCAUUACUUCUCUACAUGCCAACGGUGUGGAGAUCAACAGAGAGCAGUGGAUACAGGACGCAGAGGAGUGUGACAAGGCUGGCAGUGUGGCUACCUGUCAGGCUGUGAUAAGAGCCGUCAUUGGGAUUGGGAUUGAGGAGGAGGACCGUAAACACACCUGGAUGGAGGAUGCAGAGAGUUGUGUGUCCCAUGGAGCGCUGGAGUGUGCCAGAGCCAUCUAUGCCCAUGCCCUGCAGGUGUUCCCGAGCAAGAAAAGUGUGUGGCUCAGAGCUGCCUACUUUGAAAAGAGCCAUGGCACCAGGGAGUCUUUGGAGGCUCUGCUCCAGAGAGCUGUGGCUCACUGUCCCAAAGCAGAGGUCCUGUGGCUGAUGGGUGCCAAGUCCAAAUGGCUGGCUGAGGAUGUGCCUGCAGCCAGAAGUAUCCUGGCUCUGGCCUUUCAGGCUAAUCCAAACAGUGAAGAGAUCUGGCUGGCUGCUGUGAAACUGGAGUCCGAGAAUAAUGAGUAUGAAAGAGCUCGUCGACUGCUGGCCAAGGCCCGCAGCAGUGCCCCAACAGCCAGGGUAUUUAUGAAAUCUGUCAAGUUGGAGUGGGUGUUGGGAAACAUAGAAGCUGCUCAGGAGCUGUGCACUGAGGCGCUGAAACACUACGAGGACUUCCCUAAACUGUGGAUGAUGAGAGGCCAGAUUGAGGAGCAGUGUGAAAACAUGGACAAAGCCAGAGAGGCUUACAACCAAGGGUUGAAAAAGUGUCCCCACUCGGUGGCGCUGUGGUUGUUGCUGUCUCAUCUUGAAGAGAGAGUGGGACAGCUGACUCGAGCCAGAGCCAUUCUGGAGAAGGCACGACUCAAGAACCCGCAGAGCCCAGAGCUGUGGCUGGAGUCAGUCAGACUGGAGUUCAGGGCUGGACUGAAAAACAUUUCCAACACGCUGAUGGCCAAAGCUCUGCAGGAGUGCCCCAAUUCAGGUAUCCUGUGGGCUGAGGCUGUGUUUUUGGAGGCCAGACCUCAAAGGAAGACUAAGAGUGUGGACGCUUUGAAGAAGUGUGAACACGACCCCCACGUCUUGCUUGCUGUAGCAAAGCUGUUUUGGAGCGAGCGCAAGAUCACUAAAGCCAGAGAGUGGUUCCUUAGGACAGUGAAGAUCGACCCAGACCUGGGAGAUGCUUGGGCUCUCUUCUACAAGUUUGAGCUGCAACACGGCACAGAGGAACAGCAGGAAGAAGUGCGGAAGCGCUGUGAGAAUGCCGAGCCCCGCCACGGUGAGCUGUGGUGUGCCGAGUCCAAGCACGUCCUGAACUGGCAGAAGAAGACGGGAGAGAUCUUAGCGCUGGUCGCCAGCAAGAUCAAGAACACGUUCUGAAACGGAGGAAACGCCGAUGUAAAGGACCACAAACACUGGCAGGACUCUGGCCGUCACCAGGGGACGCAGGGAAGCGGCUACUGACCUCCUUCCUCCCUUUAGCCUCCAUGUUGACUCUUUUACCUUCGUCAAACACAGUUGCUUCACUUUAUCAACAAUAUUGAUCUCAUGCCAAAGUGAAACCAAAUCUAUAAUCAAGAAACUGACACGCAGGGAUUUCCAUGCUCGUUGUACCGAUCUUAUCAUAGACGGCACCAGAAAUGAUUCAAAUGUGUCGUAGCAAAGGGGUUUAGAAAUGUAUGUAUGUAUGUAUAUAUACAUAUAUAUAUAUAUGUAUAUAUACAUACAUAUAUACAUUUUAUCAGCUGAUAUCUCCCAGAAUGACAUUUUAAUAACGUUUUGUGAUUCAUGUAGGGCAGAUGAUCCACUGUGGCGCCCCCUAAAGUGAGAAGCUGAAAGAAGAAGAACACAGAUAUUGUUACUUUACUCAAACAUUCUCAUCAUUUAAAAAAAAAAAAGGCUAAAAGGUUCAAAUUUGAAUGUUUUUGCCAACAAAAUUGUGAUAGAAUUACGAUUACUCAAAAUAAUGUGAUGUGUAAAGAGCUGAAAAAUGAAAGUUUUAGUUUGUCCGUUGUGGGCUACAGUAAAACAGCUGACUGAAUAUAAAAGGCUGGUUUUGUGGUCAUGAAAAACACUUCAUACUAUCAGGUGAUUGUACUCUUAUUUAAAAAAUAACAAUUUUACAGCCUUCAACAGAGCGUUUGAUGAAUGUGUUUUUUUGAGUCACUGAUUGUUUGACGAUGGUAAAAGAAUAAAGAGCAGAAAGGAAAAGGAAAACUUUAUUGCACUCGGACGGAAUGUAACAUUUUCUGUGACGUGGUUUACACACAAACUCUGUCCAGAGACGACGUUUGAUUUGCUUCAUGUUGUAACGAUCUGCUAAAUCUUUUUUAGUGUGUUUGAAAUGUUUUCUUUGUUUUAGUACCAUGCAGGAAGGGAUCCAAUGAAUAAAUCACUUUUUCAACAGUC